AAAUGUUUUACUCACCGACACGCUAGUAUACGCAAAUAUCCUGUUUAUAAAAUAUAUAUAAAUUGAGUUGUGUUGCUUCAAAAUUAAUGUUAUUCAAAAGUUAUGACUGUCAAAUACGCCGUAGGAAUUUUAUUUUAUUUUUGCACUUCUGUGCUUUCGCAGUCAGCUCCCCUAGACGAUUGUCUAACCGACGUCAAGCGUCCAUGUGACAGCAAGAAUCCUUGCCCUUCUGGUUCCCUUUGUAUAGGCGGGAAAUGUACCUGCAGGAUAAUAAAACCAUUAUGUCCUGCUGGAGAGCGGGGAUCUACCUGCUCAAAACUAAAACCAUGCAAUUCAGGAUACAGCUGCAGACUGGGUCACUGUUGCCGGGAUAAAUCGUGUCCGAAGGGCUGGCAAAAUGGUGGUUUAUGUUAUCUGUCAAAAGAGAGACCAAAAUGUAAUAGCGGCUUCGUCUGUAUCAAUGAUUUCUGCUGUCGACCGAAGUCAAUAAUAGAUCGUCCUCCAAUAGCAAAGUGUCCAAGGGGUCAGAGCCAAGUUCCAGGGACUUGCAUAUCCAUUCCACCGACUACCCAGACAAAGUGGCCUGUUCUUAAGUGUCCCAAAGGAUCUGAUGUGCUGUCGUCCUACUGACACUACAACAUGUCCUGAGGGUAAAACCCUAGUUCCCGGAUUUUGUGAAAAUCCCUCACGUUCCUCUGUCGGAAAAGUACCUUUACAUACAUGUCCUAAAGGAUCAGAAUGUUACAACGGAAAGUGUUGUCGCUCUAGGGGAAUUGUAAAAUGUCCUAUAUUUAAGACUAAGGUUCCUGGAUCUUGUGAAGAUCUCUCACGCUCGCCUGUUGGAAGAGCGCCAUUUCCUGCAUGUCCUAAGGGGUCUCAAUGUUACAAAGGGAUAUGUUGUCGUUUUACCGAAUUUAUGAGCUGUCCUAACGGUAAAGUUCGGGUCCCUGGUAUUUGUGAAGGUGUCUCGCACUCGUCCGGUGGAAGAGUACCGUUUCCUACAUGUCCGAAAGGGUCAGAAUGUUACAAAGGGAUGUGCUGUCGUUCUGUCAGUGUUACAAAAUGUCCUAAGGGAAACGUUCAAAUUCCUGGAUUUUGUGAAGAUCUCUCGCGCUCGCCCGUAGGAAGGGCGCCAUUUUCUACAUGUCCCAAAGGGUCAGAAUGUUAUAAAGACAUUUGCUGUCGUUCUGUCGACGUUGUCAAAUGUCCUAAAGGAAAAGUUCAAGUUCCUGGAUUUUGUGAAGAUCUCUCGCGCUCGCCCGUAGGAAGGGCGCCAUUUUCUACAUGUCCCAAAGGGUCAGAAUGUUAUAAAGACAUUUGCUGUCGUUCUGUCGACGUUGUCAAAUGUCCUAAAGGAAAAGUUCAGGUUCUUGGAUUUUGUGAAGAUUUCUCAAGUGCGUCUGUAGGAAGAACACCAUUUCAUACAUGUCUCAAGGGCUCAGAAUGUUAUAAGGGAAAGUGUUGUCGUGCUAUAACCAUUCCACAUGGAAAAUGCCCUAAAGUGAUUCGUAUUCCUCAAAAAGGCCGAUGGCGUGUGUGUCCUGUUUACAAGAAAAGUCCCGAUCAGUGUCAAACCGACACGGACUGUUCAAGUAAUGGUAAAGGGAAGCUAUGCUGUUCUGAUAGAUGUGGAAGAAAAUACUGCUUCUCUCCCUUGUAGCCGAUAUUGUAAAAUAUUAGAAAAAAUAAAUGACAAAUAAUAUAUCUUUUCCAGCUAAAUAAGCAUUUAUGUGAAGAUAUACCAAGAUUAUUUUUGUCACAAUUUUUAUCUCGAAGAGAGAUAUACAUUGUACUUAUUUGUUUGUGUUUCUUAUAAAGUUAAAAUAAUAUGAAUUAAGGCACCGCCUAGCAUUGGGAUUUAUCUUUUAUAUAUCCGCUUAGAAAGAAAUAUUCAACGCUCAAGAAAGUGAAACUUUGCUCUAAACUGUAGUUUACAUUUAGUGUCACCAUACCUCUUACAGCGAAUAUCAUACUUUGCAAAAUUUACGGAAGCCAUGCCGGUGACGUCAUUCAGCGUUCUCGCACUAGCUUUUAGAAUUUUGUUUUGUUUGUUUGCACUCCACGCAGAAACUUGACGGUCUUUACACUUCCUUACUGUUUUAAAAGUGUUUUUCAGUUGCAUGUACAGUUUUCAUUACGAAAAAGAAGUAAAAUAAUCAUGUUAGCGCGGUUUACGAGUUUCUAUGACUGAUUCGGGGUGCUCGGAUGUUCAUAAAGACAACCAGUCAGUGGAUUUUACAUAAACCGGAACCGGAAAACAUCGAAAAAAUUGCCUCAGUAUAUGCAAACAGCAAAGACGAAUAUCUAUAUACGGACGUUACCGUCUCGGGGAUUUUCAUCCCCGGCGCUUUGCGCCGGUGAUAAAUCCCCUAUAAUUGUUUCUUUGUUAUUAUUGUUCCAUAAUACAUAAGGAUGCUGUCCAAAUAGAGGCUACACAUAACUGAAUAGUUAGAAAAACACUACUCAAGGUAAUAAUGGGAGAUAAUCAAAACAGUGCAUUUUAUAGUACUUUCUAUUAUGUUAAUCAUAU